UCAGACUGUGGACCCUGUUUUGGGGGGUUUUCUGCUUUGUGCAAGUUGCACCGGGACUGAGAGCGAGUACUUCAGCACAUAACUGUGCUGGGAUUGUUAUCGGAUAAUCAGCAACCAUCUCUGCUUUCCCUUUGGAGAAGUAAGUCCUAACAACCGUAGGAAGAGACAUUUUUUUUUUAUUUUAUUUUAACGGGUUUCCAAACAUUGGCCCCCUCUCAACCGCGGGUCUGUCAACUCACAGCAGCGGAGGAAAUAAAAAGCCCGUAAUGUUCAACCCACACAUCCAUCAACAGCAGCAGCAGCAGCAACAACAGCAGCAGCAGUUUCACCAGCACCUGCGGCAGCUACAGCAACUUUUCCAGCAGCAGCCUCCUCCUCCUCCUCCGCCGCAGCCGCCUCCGGGGCAUCAUGUCCCCCAUCACCACCACCAGACACCGCGAGCCAUUGGCGUUUCUCCCCAGACAGCUCCUCCUCCCAGGAUGGUCAACCUGUGCCAGGCAACCCAGACUACCAUCAUCGCCCCCAAUCCCAUGCUGCAGGGGGCCCUACUGAUGCAGCAGAUGCAGGGUAACAUGCGAAACUUUGGGAUGGGUGGACAGCAGUUCCGUCAGUUCUUCACAGCUGGGGCCAGGUCCUCUCUGCUCGGGCCGGUUCCCAUGGGGAUGGCCAUCAAGACCCCCAUGAUGGGCUUCCCAGCUGCUCGACAGUUCCACCCGCAUGCUCGCUACUACAACAACAACAACACAGCCUCUUCCUCCUCCUCCUCCUCCUCCUCCUCCUUCUCUUCCACCACUACCACAGAUGCUGCAGCUCGCCAGCCAGACAGGAAGAGGGACAGCGAGCAGAUGGCAGCGGGGAGCACAGACGACCAACCAGCAGCAAGCAGUACCAAUGAAGUCACUGACGAUACUGAAACAGAUGGCGCCGUGGGAGGAGUGGAUGGUCCCACACACCCCCCUGAGGAGCAACUUGACGAACCUGUCGUUAAGAAGCAGAGGAUAGAGGGGUCAGAGGAGCCCAAAGAGCAUUGUGUUGUUGAGACUGUCACUAUUGCAGAUACAGAUGGAGAAGUUGUUUCUUUGUGUAACAGCAACACAGAGGACAGCCAGACUGAAGACUGCAUCAUUCUGGAGGAAGGAGGCUCCACAGGGGCAUCGGAUGUUGUUGAGGCGCUGGAGGAGAGCAGAGCUGCAGAGGUGCACAGCUGUUCGUCAGCCCCGUCCCCAUCAGGCAGGCUGAGUGAAGAUGACCAGCAGGUUAAUUUACCCCUGGAGGAGAUGCCACAGGGCAAAGAUGCGCCUUUGGCUUCACCAGACGACCAGGAGGAAGGAGAGGAGGAGGGUGUAGCAGAGGGAGCCAACAAGUUCUACUGCUACCUCUGCAGCAUAACCUGCCACAACCAGCAAAACUUCAGGAGUCAUAUGAACAGUGUCUCCCACCAGCAGAGGAUGAUGGAGAUCCAGCACAUGAGCAACGCAUGCUUGGUCACCCUGCUGCCACGAGUGCAUGAGUCUCUACAGGGAGCAAACAAAGACGGAGACAAGAAAGAAGAUGCGAAGCAUUGGUGUGCCACCUGUCACACCCACUUCACCAGCAGCAUCACGGACCACCGUCGCACAGAGGAGCACAAACUUGCCAGUAGGACAGCCAUCUCCUCCUGCACAAUCUGCAAGAAACACUUCAGGACCUCCCAGAUUUUUGUGGAGCACUUGCAGUCCCAGGAGCACAGACUGAAAGUGGAGAAGCUCCAGGAAAAGGAGGGCUGUGAGGUUUUAGGCAAGUUGACUGCCAUGGACACUGACGGCUUCUCAUUGGAAGAGGUGGAGGGCAAUGAGGUGGAGGAGAGAGGGGAAAGAGAGACGAGUGAGGAAGACCACGAAUGCUUUGAGAAACAGGAUGGCUGGUCCUCUCUUAACGAGGUGACUCUAAAGGACAUGGCCAGCGAUGAGCAGUAUGACCCUGACACAGUCUAUGGGUCCAGUUUUUUUGUUCCAGUAGCAGGAUUUAUCUGCAGACUGUGCAACAAAUUUUACCACUUUGAAUCAUCUGCUCUUCACACCCACUGCAAAUCACUGAAGCACUUUGAGAACCUCAAGAGGUACAGAGAGUUGCGGAGUCAAAAGGGUGAAGGUGUUGCAUCUUCCGGAGAAUCUCUCCAAGCUGCAGACAGCCUCAGCCCAACACAAACCAACACGGACUGUUCGGAUGAAAAUUCCCACUCAGACAACACUGGUUUAGUGACAGACGUAAAGACCAUGCAACCUACCAUUACGCUCACCCGACUGAACAUGCAGACAGAAAACCAGCAAGAGGAGGAACAAGCAGAACCCGAGCCAAGCUCACAGGACUUCACCACCACCUCAGCGACCAGCACUGGCAGCACAGACCAAGACCUCCACUGCAAGGAAGAAGAGACCACAUCCCAGGCCUCUGAAGUUCAGGAGAGUCCUGCUGAGCUGCCUGCUGGCAGCAGAGAGGAGCCUGGCUCAGAGGUAGCAGCUACUGCUGAGGAUGCUAAUAAAAGGGAGGAGGAGGAGGAGGAGAAGGAAGCUCCUGCUGUCCCAGGAAAAAAGAGCGGCACAGGGAAGGGAAAAACCACAUCGAAACGCAGGUCAGGGAGGGCCACAAACAGACGCUGAGUCUAAGAGUAAACCUUAGAAAAGGAUGUGUCGGUAUGUGAAGAGGUGCUUUCAUGAAACAGAGACCAAGAAGUGAACAGCCCUGCCUCUCUCUGUGUUGGAAAGUUUGAAUUAAACACACACCAACAAAUAGGAAGACGGAAUGAUGGUAAAUUGUGGUGGAACAUGACUUCAUAUAUGAAUUGUUCUCCCAGGGUGGGAGGUUAACACCUGACAGCGAUCAAAUACAGGUUGAAUCCGUGAAUCCCAGUUAGAGAAUGUAGACGUUCGAUUACAGCAACGAAAUAAUAAGAAAUUACAAAGUAUGUGCACCAAGCUUCGGUAUUUACAAAUCUGUAAAAACUGCAUUUAUGUUGAGUUAUAAAUACUAUUUUUUUUAAGUAAGGAGAGGCUCCUUUUAUUGGUUAGCCAAUGUGUCCCAAUUCUAUACUACAUACUAAAAUAUAAUCCAAGCAGAUUCUGAGUAAAGUGACAAAAUAAAUCUGCCACAGUGCAAAAAGGAAAUGGAGGAGCUGCUCACGGCUGCAGACAUCAAAACAAAUUGUGGAUAAAAACAAAAUGGUCCCCAGAGGAAGUGUCCUUCUGACUUUAGUGUGGUUUACAUUUGUGUCCCCGUCAGGAUUAAUUUAAAUGACUCCCUUACCUUUCCACUGAUGACAUUCCCAUUAGCGUCCGCUUAACUUUGUGUUUAGUGCUUUUGUUAGCACACCAAACUAAGAUGGAGGACAUGGUAAGACGUUAUACCUGUUUAACAUCAGCAUGUUAACGUUGUCAUUGUGAGCAUGUUAGCAGGUUGAAUUAGAAUCUAGCUUAAAGUACUCCAGUGCCAAAGUACAACCUCUUGGAGCCGCAGGCUGUAUACAAGUAGAAAGAAUCGGGACACACUGAUUUAAAAUCAUAAAUGCUGAGUGUAAAUUUAAGUUCUCCACCCCCCCCAAGUUCUAUUCUUAAGUAUUACAAAGAGUGUAAUUGAUUUUGACUUCUAAACAAACAGUGACCAAGGUUUUUAAAAUGUAGCUGGGUUUAAGAAAAGAAGGUGACUGGUAGAUUUUACAUCCACUUGUCUCUGAGGCUGCCUCACCAGAAAAGUUAAUUUCCCACCCUGCUGUCUGCAUGGAUCAGGAGGUUGAUGAGGGCAGACUGUCAGCUUUUGCUAAUUCUCCAGCUAGCUGGGAUGAAUGACAUUUUCAACAUUGCUAACCACGUAGAACACGCUUUUAGCAACCUGAAAUGUAGACUGUAACCAAAUUAAGUGUUUGAGCAGGUGAUAAGUUUUGUUUAAAAAGUAUUAAAAUGGUAGUUUGGCUUGAGUGUUGAGAAAUGCUGAAUCUUGAGUCUGAUCAUAGCCUUGUUCAGGGCAUUUUAUCAUCCCUUUUUCUUUUUUUUGAGACAUUUUGGGUUCAAGUUAAUGUCGUGUUCGGGGAAAAAAAAGUUCUGUGGCCUUUUCACUUCAGUAAAUGAGAAUUUUAGGGGGAUAUAAUGAAGAGUUAAAAAAAUCCCAGCAAAAUCUGUAGGAGCUGAGUGUAGUAGUGAACACCUGUCAACAUGUUUAAAAACCUUUUUACGUCAACACACAGUCAUAUGGAAAAGAAACCCUCGUAGUUUUGAAAUGUUAAAGGGGCUCUAAAAUGAGAAUCUUUCAGUAACGGAAGACAGGUGUUUCCCCUAGGACGCUUCACAACAACAAAAAGGCUGCACUGUCUGCAAUUUUCUUAUUUUGAAAUAUGAAAGCUUGUCAGUCAAGGCAGGUUAAUGCUGCUAGAAGGGUUUUCAAAACUUGAAUAGAAUCGCUCAUAUUGGAGCAGAUUGACAGAUGGAAUCAUAUUUAAUAGGAGGGAAACAAAACAUGAAGUUGUCUGUAGGUAUUUAAUGUAGCAAACUAUCCUUACACACUCUGAUUUUAAGCACCGGUAACAUACAGCCGAUUAUCUCAGUUACAGGUUACACAUGUUUAAUUUUGGUUCUAGCAUUUCAGCAGUAAAUAAGGAUGUUUCUUCUGUUCUUCAUGACUAGUGUGCUGCUCUGGAAACAUUUCAUCCUCCAUAUUAGAGAAGGAUAUUUUAAACCACAAAAGACCGACUGACUGACACAUGUAGCAACUCUUGUAGUCACGGUGGUGACAGUCACAUGAUUAACACAUCAUUUUCUGUCUGAAGGAACAAGAAUUGAUGGAAACUGUACUUUUUUCGAUUGGAGACAGAAGGGAGCAGGAGGGAGAAAGAGACAUGUACAGUAUAAUUUCAAACAAAGCUGUAUGUUUCUUAUUGUAUUUUUAUUCAGCUACUGACAAAUUGAGAUGAACAAAUAGGUAAUGUUUUCUAACUGCUGGAAGUUUAAUGUAUUUUUGGAUGUUUGUUUUCUGUUGGGGGGGGGUCAUUUUAAUUUAUAUUAAAAUGUCUUGACAAUU